UUUUUUGCUACUAAGAAAGUGUGUUGUGAAGAGUCUCGACGUGGCAGUUCUGAUUAUGUUGCCCAUCAACCACAGGAAAUGUAUGACAAGGGUUGACAAGGAGUUGAGGUUCGACAAAAGGGUUAGUGCACGCUGCGGGGGUUAAUGCACGUUGCUGGGGUUCAAAAGAAGGUGGCGCGGGUCGUUCCACGCGGAGGCGCGAUUGGAACUGUUGAUGGCAUCGCCGCCAUAGCCGCCACAACUCUACUCAAUGAGCCUCUAUUUUAGAGCCUCAAAACCCUUCUUAACCCUCAAAGUGCGCUUCCUUGUGCCCUUGCCAUCUUCCUUUUCCUUCUGCACAAACGACGCCGUUGCGAACAACAACCGCUCGGUGGUGCUUUUCCGUGCCGCGGUUGCUGAGCCGGAGUUGCUGGUCCGGGUUCUGAACACUGUUAGAGACCGGCCCGUGGCUGCUCUCCGGUUCUUUCGAUGGGCCGAGGGCCAAACCGGGUUCAAGCAAUCUAAAUUGGCAUAUGCCGUUAUUCUCGACAUUCUCGCGCGGAACGGCUUGAUGCGGUCUGCAUAUUGCAUCAUGGAGAAGGAGGCAGUAAGAAUGGGCGACGUGGUGGAUGUUUUGACCGACGGCAGGGUUUUUUCUUCCGAGGUAUCUGUUAAGCUUCUGGAUUUGUUGCUUUGGAUUUACUUGAAAAAGUCGAUGCUUGGGAUGUGCUGGUUGGUGUUUUAUAAGAUGAUUGCGAAGGGGUUGUUGCCUGAUGUGAAGAAUUGCAAUAGGGUUCUGAGAUUGCUUAAGGAUACCAACUUGGCGAGGGAGGUUUAUGAUGUGAUGAUGGAGUGUGGGAUUAGGCCUACAACUGUUACAUAUAAUACAAUGUUGGAUUCCUUUUGCAAGCAAAGGCAGGUUCAGCAAGCUCAGCAGCUUUUGCUUCAGAUGCAGAGGGUGGGGUGUUCGGCCAACGAAUUGACUUAUAAUAUUAUGGUCAAUGGUUUAUCACACCAGGGGGAGUUGGAGAAGGCCGAGGAACUGAUCGAGGAGAUGUUGAGAUCGGGACUCAAGGUUUCGGCUUACACUUACGAUCCUUUGAUUCGUGGCUACUGUGAGAACGGUAUGCUUGAUAAAGCCUUGAGUGUUGUGGAGGAGAUGUUGAGUAGAGGGGUUUUGCCUACGGUAGCGACCUACAAUACAAUCAUGUAUGGCCUUUGCAAGUGGGGAAGAGUGAGUGAUGCUAGGCAGUUGUUAGAUGUAAUGGUUAAUAAGGAUCUGAUGCCGGACUUGAUUUCAUUCAACACUCUAAUUUACGGUUACUGCAGGUUGGGAAGUUUAGGGGAGGCUUUUCUCUUAUUUGUUGAGUUAAGAUACAGAAGUCUAGUUCCCAGUGUCGUGACCUAUAAUACGCUUAUUGAUGGUCUUUGCAGAUUUGGGGACUUGGAUGUGGCCAGGCGGAUAAAAGAUGAAAUGAUCAAACAUGGGCCUAAUCCUGAUGUAUUUACGUAUACAAUUCUUGUUAGAGGAUUUUGCAUGGUGGGGAACUUGCCAAUGGCUAAGGAUUUAUUUGAUGAGAUGCUACAUAGAGGAUUGCAGCCAGAUCGUUUUGCAUACAUAACUCGAAUAGUAGGUGAGCUGAAGCUUGGUGACCCAUCUAAGGCUUUUGGUAUGCAGGAAGAAAUGAUUUCCAAAGGCUUUCCUCCUGAUUUGAUUACAUAUAAUGUCUUUAUUGAUGGGCUCCACAAGUUGGGAAAUUUGAAAGAAGCAAGUAAACUUGUGCAGAAAAUGCUCUACGAUGGAAUCGUUCCAGAUCAUGUAACUUAUACUAGCAUCAUCCACGCUCACUUGAUGGCUGGGCAUCUUAGGAAGGCUAGAGUGGUGUUCAAUGAGAUGUUGAGCAAAGGGAUAUUUCCAUCAGUUGUCACUUACACAGUUCUAAUUCAUUCAUAUGCAGUUAGGGGAAGGCUGGAACUAGCUAUUUUGCACUUUAUUGAGAUGCUAGAGAAGGGUGUAUGUCCAAAUGUGAUCACCUACAAUGCCUUAAUUAAUGGACUUUGCAAGGUGAGAAAGAUGGACCGGGCAUACCAUUUUUUUGUAGAAAUGCAAGCAAAGGGCAUUUCUCCAAAUAAGUAUACUUACACUAUUUUAAUAAACGAGAACUGUAACUUAGGUCAUUGGCAGGAAGCUUUGAGAUUGUAUAAGGAUAUGCUAGAUAGAGAAAUUCAGCCUGAUUCAUGCACACAUAGUGCCCUGUUGAAGCAUCUAAGCAAAGACUAUAAAUUGCAUGCAGUUUGGCAUCUUGAGAAUGUUAUUGCAGGAUGUGAAUGAACUUAUUGUGUAAGGAUGAAGUAUUGAUUAUUUGUUAUGCUCAGUUUGGCAUUCUCACACGGCUAAUGAGUAAAACACAUGCCUACAUUUGAAUGGGUUUUUACCCUUUGAGGUUUAAAUUCUUUGGACUGAAUAAUAUAUAUUUUUCGACUCUCAAGGUUGAAGAUGCUUAUGGUGUUCCUGAUGAUUAAGAUGGCAGACGUCAACUUUUUACACGUCUUGACAUAGUAUAUCCUCAGACUAGGUAAUACUUGGGAGGAAUUGGGAAUUUGUUAGUUAAGGUUCAAAGAUCUGUAACGUUGUGCUUGCAAGGCUAGAGGUAUACCUCUGAAGCUCAAUCCUUGUCAAGAUAUUUCAAACAAUUUUGAGAUAUCUUAACACAAAUUUUAAUUCAUUUUUCUUAGUCUAUUGUGGGUAAAGGGAAUAUUUUGACGUGAUAGUGCAUAUUCUUUGCAUUAAAGUUUUAAUUAUUUUUUAAGCCUAGUGAUACACCUUUUUUUUUCCAUCACAAUUUGUACAAUGAAAGGAAAAUAAAAGACAGACCUUUUGUAGUUC